CCAGCGGAGGCGAUGCGACCCGUCAACCUCGACCAGCUGCCAACCGUUUCCCACUUCCGACCAGCUUCACCAGUAGUAUCGAACUACGACCCGGCCGAUGCCCAUCUAAGAACACGAAAACAUGCAAUCCGUCAUCAUUCUGCUCUUGCCACCGCGUCCGCGACCACAAGUGCAUCCCAACAAAGUGAAUCGAGUGUGUCCUACAACAGUAUCCUCUCGACCCCCCUGGGGGUGUUGCCGUGCCGAGUUCAAAAAGAAAGCGUCCUGUCGCGAACCUUCUACUUUUCCGCUCGAAGCACCAGCCGCAAUCGUAGUUGCGAAGUUGUUAUUCGGGACGAGUUUCACCGGCCAAGCGAAUGUCAACGUCCGCAAUGAUCGCUCCGAUAUCCGGAGCUAAGGCCGAUUACAUGUUCCGGGGGAAUUCGACAGUCGUACGAGCAGCCUUAAGUGAAAAGUGAAAUGAGGAACAAGCGACAAGUACAAAUCGACGAUGAUAACCGGUGCAUUAUGUCGCGUAGAUUUCGGUGAGUUACCGGAAGACGAGCGACCCAUUGGAAGUUCCACGAGUACGAGGCGACCAUGACCAUGAAGACCUACCAGAAGCUGAAGCAGUGAACGAGCGAUACCAGCUGCAGCAAAUUAACCCAAAUUUGAUACCAUUUAA